AUGACUACCCUUCCUCUUCGUAUCAACCUUUCUGGGGGUGGAGGCUCACAGCCCAUUGGACAACAGAACCCUAUCUUUGAUAUUCUCAACGAUUACCUGCAGCCUUCCAGUAUCUUGUCAUUGAAAGAGGCUACCGAGAAAUUGGAUCGAUGCUGUCCCCUCCGCCGUCCAGAUCGUGAUAGUGCAAAGGAGCGGAGCGAGCAGGAAGCUGAAGUGGAGAGGUUUUUAUGGGGAAUGUGGGAGCAUAUCCUAAUAGUAGCGACACAAGUCCCCUAUAGACAUCCUUCCCAAGACAAGCUCGCUGGUCUCAUCUCGUCACUGAAAAAUAUUCCCUCCGACACUGUAGUGAAAUUGUGGGGAACAAACAUGAGGAUAUGGCAGGAUCUACCUAUGUUAGGGCCUAAUAUGAGAGAAGAUCUAGACGUGUUCAAUCCUAAAUCGCAUGAGGGGGAUGCUCAAGCACAGGAACGAUGGCAAAGCUAUAACGCAUUCGUGGCUCGUCUUUUCCGUGAUCGGACAUUUGACACACCCCUGUAUGCCUUAUGGAUGUUACGCGAUAUCCUUGAGGAUAUCGGGACGCGUCAGGACCCCAUUUCCCUGGACGCUGGGCUUCCUGUUGCCGCAGAAUGGAUCUUCGUUGCAGGUUCCAUUUUAUACGACUUCUGUCAUAGUCCAGACAAACAUGAGCCAAUCACCCACGACAUAGCACGCGCAGCUUGUGGAGGUCGCAACUACCAUGGGCCGCCGGGACUGUCGCUGGAACGUUGGCAGUUCUGGAAAGAGCGGUUUGCCUACAUUCAAAUCCAUGAACCGGUCGAGGAGGAGACGAAACAUUUGGCGAGGGAAGCAGUGGAGGCGAUGAAAAAAAUUGAGCGCAGGCAAAAAUCAGGCUACAAAGGGUGA